AUGACUUCUAUAAGUAUUUGGGUAGCUUUCUCCCUCUUCUUCUAUUUCAUUGCGAACAGGAUAUACAAAUCACGCAUAUAUUCUGCCAAACUGCGCAAGUUCGGGUGUCAAGAACCAGUACCGAAAGACACCAUCGGCCGUUGGCCAUUCGGUCUUGAUAUCAUCAAGAUAGCUCUGGAGGCCGACCGAGGAAAAUUCUUCCCAACCCUCCUUCAAAGAAAUGUCGAACAAUACGGCAUAACAUUCAAGUAUACGAUCAUGAACACGUCAAGCCUUUUUACAGUAGAUCCUAAGAAUGUAAAAGCCAUUUUGGCAACACAAUUUGAUGAUUUUGAUCUAGGGCCAAUGCGGAUAGGGGCCUUCUGGCCUAUGCUUGGGAAAGGCAUAUUUACACAAGAUGGCCAUGAAUGGAAGGUAACGAGGGAUAUGAUGAAACCUCAGUUCAAUCGGGAUCAAAUGAGUGAUUUCGAGGUGGAGGAGAAGCAUGUUCAGAAUUUGAUGAAGGCUAUAGAUACCAGACUUCAGGAAAUUCUACUUGGACAGUCUGCUGAUUCCCAGCUUCUCGAUCUGCCAGAAAAUCAAACAAAAGCCCAGGGUACCAGAAUAGAUUUUGCGGCUGAGUUUGACAACGCUCUAUCUUGGCUUUCUACUCGUGGCCGUUUUGCUGAUAUGUAUUGGCUGGUCUCCAGCAAAGACUUCAGAAAUUCUUGCAACAAAUGCAACGAAUAUGUCGAUCAUUUUGUUCAACUUGCUCUUGACAGAAACUCACUAGCCAAAGAUCAAGACAAAGAUUAUUCAACCGCCACCAAGAAGAGGUACAUUUACCUGGACGCUCUUGCCAAGGAAAUACAAGAUCCAAUCGAGCUUCGUUCUCAGUGCUUACAUUUGAUGCUAGCAGGUAGAGGCACGACGGCCUCGUUGUUAGGAUGGUUGUUUCUUUUAUUCGCUCAGAAUCCCAUUCAUUACCAAAAGCUGCGCAAUAUCGUCAUCGAAAACUUUGGAACAUACGAAAAUCCUUUGGAAAUAAACUUCUUGGACCUCAAAAAUUGCCGAUAUCUCCAACAUUGUUUGGAUGAAGCUUUGCGACUUUAUCCACUUGUACCUUUUAACGUCAGGCAGGCAAACAAGGACACGACCUUACCACAUGGCGGUGGAAAGGAUAGAAAAUCGAAAGUCUUUAUUCCAAAAGGGUCAAUAGUCGAAUACAGUGUUUACGCCAUGCAUCGUAGAAAGGAUAUAUGGGGUGAUGACGCUGAUGAGUUUCGACCUGAGAGAUGGGAAGGAAAGAAAGUGGGAUGGGAAUUUUUACCUUUUAAUGGCGGUGCAAGGAUUUGUAUCGGACAGCAAUUUGCCUUGAAUGAGGCCGGUUACGUUACUGUCAGGCUUCUUCAGAGGUUUGAUAUGAUUCGAGAUAUGGCAACGGACCCAGUCGUGGAACAUGAACUCAAACUCACAAAUUCCUCCGCCAACGGUGUUAAAGUCAAGUUACAUGCUUCCACUGCAUGA